AGAGGGGCAUACGCACACCACAACCCUCAAAUGAAACUUCUCUCCGGCUUCUAAGAAAUUGAAGAACAAGAAGAUGAUGAAUGACAAGAUGAAAGCUUUGAUGAUUGGAGUUGUAGGUGCCGGAAUCACACUUUCUGCUUAUUCACAAACAUACAUGACUCCAACUCAGUGUAUCGGCACCGGCCUUGUUAUACUAAUUGUAGGACUUUUUGUCGGGGAAGGUAUCCUUCCGGUAUAAUUUACCCUUUUUGUCGUUCACCAGAAAGACUGGUUUUGAUCAUUCACAGAUGUUUGUGUAUCUGUGGAGGAUCUAAGAAAAAAGAACAUGUGUCCCGAUAUCCAGAUCUAGAUCCGUUGUAGUUUAUCUUUUUGUAUUUCUUUAGUUUGUAACCUUCAUGGUGAAUCAAGAUCCUAAAAGUAUAUGUCAUGGAAUCAAAUUAUCAUUUUUCUU